AUGUGGUUCCUCGAGCACGAGUCGCUCUUCGGCGGAAAGCGCGUCUGGCUUCGACCCGGGUCGCAGCAGCUCUUCGGUCGCACCAAGUCCAGCGCAGAGGGGAAGACAUGGAAAAUCGACAACAAGGCUGUCUCGCGGCAGCAUGUCAUCAUUAGAGUCCUCGAAGUUCCACCAGAGGCCGGCACGAAGCUACACCACAGGUCGCAGAUUGAGAUUACGGAUCUCAGCUGCAGACAGGGCACUUCGAUCGACGGCAAGCAGCACCUGAAGAGCACAAAGAACGACGAUGGAUCAAUGGAGUACGCUAAGGCGAUCUUGGAGGGAACGGAGCAUGAAAUCAGACUCGCUCAGGGCUAUGCGCCGUUCAAGAUCGUGUGGAAGCCAGUCGUCUUCACAUAUGCUUCCAAAGAGACCAAGGAAUCGAAAGCUCGUAGCGCACAGCUGCACGCCCUCGACAUCAAGACCACAACAGAGUUCAUGUUCGGUAAGACGACACACGUCGUGACCCAGAAGCGCAACUUGCCUCGAGUGCUGUCAGGUCUUGUAGCUGGCAAGCAUAUCGUAACAGGAAAAUUUCUCGACGCUGUGAUUGACCGAGCCACUUCCACGACGGACAGUGAGGGAGGAUAUGUGCCGUCGCAACUGGAAGAAGACUUUGACGACCGCUGGCCGAAAGAGGAGGAGUAUGUUCCACCGACAGCCACAGAGCCUGUUCCUCGGCCGCAGGAGAUGCUCAGACCGGAUAGCUCGCGUUCGGAGGUCUUCUCGAACCUCACAUUCGUCUUCCUGGACGUGAGCCAGCACGGCAGCUUACAGGAUCCUAUUUCUGGUGGCGGCGGAAAGGUCCUGCUCUACGAGCUGAAGCACGGAGAGACGACUAGACAGGAGUAUGUCGACUAUGUUCGAAGCGUGGCUGGCAAGAAGAAAAGCAGUCGCGUAAACAAUGACAAGCUACCCGUGAUCACGGUUCGCCUGCAAGUUGCAUCAGACAGCUCGGAGGAUUGGGCUACCAACUUCAUGAAUGGCGUUGACAGAGCACUCAAUCAGCGAUCGAUCUUCCAAAAUGAGUUCCUUGACAUCAUCAUCACAAAAAACAGAACUGCACUGCAACGGCCACCUGACAACGUACCUGAAAUCGCAUCGAGUGCACCAGGAUCAGCAGCGUGGCGAUCUGUGCGGGACAGUACACCAACGUCCAGAGCACCUUCUCAAGCACCUGAGUCCUCUGCUCCCACCGACGAGCCUGGCAAGCCGAUUCCUCGCAAGCGCUUACAUCGACCAAAGACUACAAGUCGAUUCACCGGCUUCGACGACUACGAACCGCCACCAAAGUAUCGCAAGGUCGAAGACACUCAGAUGGAAGAUACCCAGCAAUCAGUACCACAGCCCGCUCGAGCCGCAACGCAGGCGCCAGAGAUCCAACAUGCCACAGCGCCCACGACCCAGACCCAGACCCAGACCCAGACUCGUACACAAACUCGUUUCGCACCACCGUCACCUGUUCAUGAGACCGUCGAGAAAGAGGAGCUGUUGGACUCUCUCUACCCAGCUGCAGCAGAGAUCAAGCGCCGUCGAGCAGCAACACGCGCCCCCUCAGCAUUGGUCGAGCCCGAGACUAGCACGUCCGUAACUCAACCCAAGAGACGUGGCGUGGAAGCUCUCGAGAGCCUACAACAGGCCAGACAGAAAGCCGACAAAGACAUCAACGUCCGCGAGCAAACCCGCCUUCGCAUCAAAGAGGAAGAAGACCGGCGCAAAGCUGAUGAGGAGAGCCUGCGAGAGCAACUGGAAGGCAUCGACAUCGAGCAGAUGAAGAACCUCGCCGUCAUCGAGGAAAUGGAAGUCUUGCCCCGGGCUCAACAUAACAACGGCGACAACCUACGCACUCCCGCUGAAGCCCGCGCUCAAGCAGAGAGCGACAGAUGGGAUCCAGCCUGGAACGGGCGCAAGAACUUCAAGAAAUUCCGCCGGCGCGGCGCAGAACAGGGCGUUGCUCCACACAAAGUCAUCGUCACGCUCGAAGAAGCGCCGAAGCAGAAAGGCUUUGGCGACUCGGCGUUCUUCCUCGAGGACAUCGAGCCGCGCGCCAGUGGCCUGGCGAAGAGUAGAAGGAAGGUUGUGGAGAGUGAGGACGAGUCUGAGCCCGAGACCGGCUUCAGGGGCAGGAGGAGUAGGACGCAGUCGCAGAGACAGACACAAGAACAGCCUGAGGUUGUUAACGUGGAGGAUAGUGGGCCGGAUGAUGAGGAGGUGGUCGAGGUCAGGACGCAGAAGAGCAGUGGAAGGACGCAGAGGGUCGUUGAGACGCAAGUUUCUGAGGCUGCGGGGAGGAAGAGGGCUGGUGGAGCUGCAAGCGGGCAGCCAGCAACAAAGAGAGGAAGAAUUGCAAGAAGAGACGAGGAUAGCGAUGAGGAGGAGACGGGGUUCAGGUUCAAGAGGAGGUAG